GAGGAUUCACACUGGGGAGAAACCCUAUACAUGCCUGGAGUGCGGAAAGAGCUUCACUAUGAGUGGAACAUCUACGAUCACAUCAAAGGAUUCACACUGGGGAGAAACCCUACAAAUGCCAGGAGUGUCGGAAAGAGCUUCACUGAGAGUUCAAGUCUACGAUUACAUCAAAGGAUUCACACUGGGGAGAAACCCUAUACAUGCCUGGAGUGUGGGCAGAGCUUCACUACGAGUGGAAGUCUACAUACACAUCAAAGGAUUCACACUGGGGAGAAGCCCUAUACAUGCCUGGAGUGUGGAAAGAGCUUUGCUCAUAGUUCAGAUCUACAUAAACAUCAAAGGACUCACACUGGAGAGAAACCCUGUAAAUGCCUGGAGUGUGGAAAGAGCUUCACUUGUAGUGGUAGUCUACGUUCACAUCAAAGGAUUCACACUGGGGAGAAACCCUAUACAUGCCGGGAGUGUGGGCAGAGCUUCAUCCAUAGUUCAGGUCUACGUUCACAUCAAAGGACUCACACUGGGGAGAAACCCUAUAUGCGCCGGGAGUGUGGGCAGAGCUUUGCUCAGAGUGGAAGUCUACGUUCACAUGAAAGGACUCACACUGGGGGGAAAUCCUAUAAAUGCCAUGAGUGAUGACAGAGCUUCACCCAUUGUUCAAGUUUACAUUCACAUCAAAGGACUUACUCUGGGGAGAAACCCUCUGAACG